AUCGCCGCUCGCUGUCUGUCUGCUGGAGCGCGUACGCGUUUUGCUGCACCUCAGAGACCGAGCGUUUUCGGCAGCCGUUUACCGGGCCGUUUCUAUCCCUUACCGACGCCAUGAACACGCCAAGGAACUGACGUGCUUGAGGACCGACGUCCUUUCUGCUGGAUUUAUCCUGAGAUUGACUGCAGUUGGAUGGCGUGCAGUAUUUCCAAGAGAUCAUGGGACACUAUGGCCAGUUCAUGAAUCUCAACAAUGGAAGAUUGACAAGAGUAUGAUGCCACAGAUAAAAAUGCAGUUUAGCCAUGUCUCCAUUGGUGAUCCCUAUCAAGGGCACUCAAUUUUUGCUGCUGUCUGGGACUCUCCCUCUUCUCUUGGAUAGUUUGAUUUUCAACAAACAUCAUACAGCACACAAGACCAUAUUGUUUAUGGAUGAUAUCAUUCUGUCACGAGAAAGAUGAAAUUUAAUUUUAUCAGGAGUCCCAAUUAAAACAAGGACACCUAAGUUACGAACUCCAUAAAGGGGUAAAUCUGAAAGUGUGUACAGAACAGAUGAGGUUGCAUUAUGGCAGCUGAAUCUCCUCAACGGCUUCAUUUACGUAUCUGGUUCAGAGGAGAGUGAUAGUUGCACAAUGCAGCGAAACGGAGGCAUGGUCGGAAACAAUGGCCAGCCAUGGGUACUGCGGCGAGUGCGGCUCACCUGGCUGAGUUUCAUGCUCUUCUUUAUCCUGGUCUUUUUCCCUCUCAUUGCACAUUACUACCUCACCACAAUUGAUGAAGCAGGGGGACCAGAUAAACGCAUUUUUGGGCCAAGACCUGGAGGGGAGCUGUGUGAAGUGAAGCAUGUUCAAGACCUGUGUCGUAUCAGGGAAUCCGUCAGUGAGGAGCUACUUCAGCUUGAGGCAAAGCGUCAAGAACUAAAUGGCGAGAUAGCCCGACUUAACCUACGCAUUGAGGCCUGUAAACGUAGUAUUGACAGUGCCAAACAGGACUUGCUACAACUCAAAAAUGUCAUCAGCCAGACAGAGCACUCUUACAAGGAACUCAUGGCACAAAACCAGCCAAAACUGUCAUUGCCAGUUAGACUUUUACCAGACAAGGAUGAUCCUGGAUACCCUCCUCCGAAGUCGGUACAAAACUGUCGUUUGCAUACUUGUUUUGAUUAUGCUAGAUGUCCACUUACUUCUGGCUUCCCUGUCUAUGUUUAUGACACAGGGUCGUAUCCUUGGGGUGAAAAGUUGGACCCUCUUGUCAAACAAGCCUUUGCCUCAUCCGUCAAAAGCAGUGUAUAUGUGACCGAUAAUCCAAACAUUGCUUGCCUGUACAUAGUGCUCGUUGGGGAAAUACAAGAAUCACCCUCCUCUCCUCCUGUCUCGCUUUUAGAUCUUGAAAAACAGCUAAAGGCUUUGCCAUAUUGGAGGUUAGAUGGCCACAACCACCUGCUUGUACACCUUUCAAGAAAGUCUCUGACACAGAACUUCCUGUACAAUGUGAGCACAGGCCGAGCAGCAGUGGCACAGUCUACCUUUUUUGAAAAUCAAUAUAGGGAAGGUUUCGACAUGGUGUUGUCUCCGCUAGUCCACGCUCUGUCUGAGCCCAACUUCCUUGAGGUCCCUCCGCAAGUCCCGGUCAAAAGGAAGUAUCUCUUCACCUUUCAAGGGGAAAAGGUUGAGUCUUUGAGGAGCAGCUUGCUUGAAGCCCCACCGCAGUCCUUUGAGGAGGAAAUGGAGGGUGAUCCACCAGCUGAUUAUGAUGACCGCAUUAUUGGCACACUUAAGGCUGUACAAGACAGUCACCUAGACCAGGUUCUAGUGGAGUUCACUUGCAAGAAUCAGGCUAAGCCAAGUUUACCAACAGAGUGGGCGUUGUGUGGUGAGCGUGAGGAUCGUUUAGAAGUACUGAAGGUCUCUACGUUCGCCUUGGUGAUAUCUCCAGGCGAUGUGCAGUUGGUGGCGUCUGCUGGCUGUAGCAUGAGACUUUUUGAGGCUUUGGAAGUUGGGGCAAUACCGGUGGUGCUUGGAGACUACUCAAAGUUGCCCUACCAUCAUCUUAUACGCUGGAACGAGGCAGUCAUUAUGGUUCCCAAGCCUCGCAUAACAGAGCUUCACUUUCUGUUGCGUAGCAUCUCAGACAAUGACCUUCUGGUCAUGCGACGACAGGGUCGGUUUCUUUGGGAGACAUACUUCUCCACCUCAGAGAGCAUCUUCAGCACCAUUCUGGCUAGUGUACGAACCAGCAUCCAGAUACCAGCAGCACCUAUACGUGAGGAGCCUGUCCAGGAGAUUCCUCACAAAGCUGGAAAGUUGGCAGGAACCGAUGCUAACAUGGCUGACAAUGGCGACCUAGAUCUGGGGCCUGUUGAAGUAGAGCCUCCUUACGCUUCACCCCGCUUCUUGCGUAACUUCACCUACACAGCUGCUGAUGUCUACCACACCUGGAAUCGUGCACCUGGCCCUUUCCAUCUAUUUCCACAUACUCCCCAUGACCCCGUACUUCCCUCAGAAGCCAAGUUUCUAGGGUCAGGGACUGGGUUCCGCCCUAUCGGCCAAGGUUCUGGGGGAUCUGGUAAAGAGUUUCAGGCCGCUCUAGGAGGUAACGUCCCUCGGGAGCAGUUUACUGUGGUCAUGCUUACUUAUGAAAGGGAGGAGGUUCUUAUGAACUCACUGGAGAGACUAAAUGGACUCCCUUAUCUUAACAAAGUGGUGGUAGUGUGGAAUUCCCCCAAACCACCUUCCGAUGAUCUACUCUGGCCAGACAUUGGUCUACCAAUUGUGGUGGUACGCACAGAAAAGAACAGCUUAAACAAUCGCUUUCUUCCCUGGGAUGCAGUUGAGACUGAGGCUAUUUUGUCUAUUGACGAUGAUGCCCAUCUUCGACACGAUGAAAUUAUGUUUGGGUUCAGGGUGUGGCGGGAGGCCAGAGACCGGAUUGUGGGAUUCCCAGGAAGGUUCCAUGCCUGGGAUGUAAAUCACCAAUCUUGGCUCUACAAUUCAAACUACUCCUGCGAGCUCUCCAUGGUGCUGACUGGUGCAGCCUUCUUCCACAAGUAUUAUGCGUACCUCUAUUCGUAUGUCAUGCCUCAAGCCAUACGUGACAUGGUGGACGAGUACAUCAACUGUGAGGAUAUUGCCAUGAACUUCCUCGUGUCUCAUAUCACUCGCAAACCCCCCAUCAAGGUGACAUCACGUUGGACCUUCCGCUGUCCCGGCUGUCCACAGGCUCUUUCGCACGACGAUUCACACUUCCACGAACGUCACAAGUGCAUCAACUUCUUCGUAAAAGUCUACGGAUACAUGCCGCUGUUAUAUACACAGUUCAGAGUGGACUCUGUACUCUUCAAGACGCGAUUGCCCCACGACAAGACAAAAUGUUUUAAAUUUAUUUAGCGGAGCAGGGGACAGAAAAGCACGGACACGGGACGGUCUCUCUCUGGGAACAUGAAGGGAACUGAAGCUUUCUUGUAAAUAUCAGAGAAUUUUACUUUGAACUAGUCUUCCUUGAAGUCAAGGGAGAACAAAAAGAGAAUGAGCGAUUACCGUCAGGCGUUUUUAACGUUGUGCGUGAUUCAUCAGCAACCACUACAGGCUUUAUUUGCACCACUUUUCAUGGGACGUCUGGGAUAGCAAAGUCAAAUGGCUGUUUUUGAUGACAUAUCUGAGAAUUAUGGAAGAGUCGAAGUGUCUAAAUGAUACCUGUUAUUUUUACUUUGCAUAUACUUGUUUGAAAAGCACUGAUGGUCAAGGUUUUUUUUUUUUUUUUUUUUACUUGUGUGUGCUUUUGUGCACAUGUGAAUGGCUAUGUGUGUCGUUCAGUAGGUUGACGGUGACAAAGCGUCAUUAAACUCUGUCUAAUGUUUGUUGAUCAUCAGUAAGAAUAGCACAAGAUAUUAAACAUAACUGCAUAGGAAUAGCACCAAAUCAAGCUGUUACACGUUCUCAUGUUUGUCACAAUCAUGCGAGAAAACGAAAUGUCUGUAUGUAACCUGUUCAGUACACUUGUGGAAUAACAGAUCCUUUUGCUGGAUAAUCACGUCUGUUUGUGGCGACUGGCUCAUGUGUUGUGUGUCAUUCUAAUAAGGUUGAAUGAUUUAAUAGUUGAAAAUUAAAAAAAAAGAAAGAUCCAGGUCAUAUUUAAUCAUAUAUUUUACACAAGGAAAAAUCCAGUUUUUUUUUUUGACAAAUAUCAUGAAUUAAAAUACACAAAUUCUCAUUUCGUAAUGCAAAAAUACAUCAUUAAUGUACUUUUCCAAAUGCAAAAUAUAGUUGUAUAACAAAUGCAAUAUAUAUAUAUUUUUUUUUUUUGCACAAUAAUUAAACGCAAUACUAUCAGUUUUCAUUAUUCUAAUCCCAAAAAAAUAUGUCAUUAAUGUAGUUUUCCAAAUGCAAAAUAUAGUUGUAUAACAAAUUUAUUUUUUUUGCACAAUAAUUAAGUGCAAUACUAUCAGUUCUCAUUAUUACAAUCCCCCCAAAAAAUCUGUCAUUACUGUAAUGCACAUAAUUUUUUAUUAUUUUUCUAUUUACAUAAUAUGCUACAUUUGAUACAACAAAUAUUACUUAUGACAUAUAGAAAAUAUAAACAUUAUUAUUGCUAUAAAAAAUAAUAAAUCUGGUAGAUUUGUAAGGUUAAAUGUGCUUUUUUUUGUCAUGUCACAAUGCAAAAAAAUCUGGUCCUGAAAUAAUUUGUCUUAAUUUUCCUUCAAGCACAAUAUUAUUUCUUCCUUUUGAUUUUGUGGUGAAAUGUGACCUGGACAUGUUCUUGACAGCUUCAUGUGUGAAUGUGUUUGUGUGUGAGGAAGGAUAGCAGUGACGAGACGUGCAGUAGUUUAUCUUUCCUCUGUAAACGGUACGUGUCUCUCUUCUGUGCCAGGAUGUUACCUGCGGCUGAUUUCACCCUUCAGUUCACAAAUCUGAGAUGCCUUCGAGAACGCUGAGCUUGACUACUUCUGUCUGAUGGUUAAUUCAUGACGACUGUCCUGACAUGUUUGACAGGUACAUUUAGGAAAAUGGCUCUGCAAUUGUAAAUUAAUGUUUUAUUUUUUAAAAAACAAAACAAAAAAAGUGGCUCUGUUCCCCUUAGAAUAGGAAUAUGACUUGAUUAAACUUUUUUUUUUUUUUUGGCCCUUUUUUUGUAUUGUGUAUAAAUCUAUUGAAUAGGCUUUAUGGAAUAUGUUUUUUGUUGUUGUUGUUAUUUUUUAUUAUUGUGAAGACCGUGUGGCCUUUGGGAUUGGAAAGGAACUGACCGUAUAAACUAUGGAUAGUAAAGUGUUAAAUGCCAGCAAACGUUAUAACUGACAACUUCUUCAACCACACUAAUAAAUCAGCCAGUGUCAUCAUCCUUCA